GAGAAGAGAGAGGGAGAAUACAGUCUGCAGUGCCAAGGAAAAAGGGCAGUGUGGGUGUCACUGGAGGACUGGACUUGGCAUCACGAGAUAUCAGGUUGGAUGGUGAAAAGCAUUUACCCAUCCACCCAGACAUUUGACAGAUCAUUCCUAUGUGGAGAGCAAAUAACACAGUGACUGCAGGCGGAAGGAGUAUCCUGAAGAUAAUAUCAAGUGUUGGAAGAGCUGAAUGAUGCUUUUACUCUCAAGAGAAAGAGUCCAGCAUCUUGGCGUUUAUGAUGAUAAAAGGGUGGUCUUAGCUGACACUCAAGUAUUCUGGAUGCACCUGCUGUCUCAUUUUCUCUAAACAAUUUUAAUUUGUACACUUGAUCUACGUGGAAAAUGAAUUUUGAUUAUCCCUCUCCUGGCUGCAGGAUGAGACUCCUUGUGGUCAAAUUAAUCCUGUUGUGGGCAUCUUCAGCUCUAGCGGGCAUCCCAGCUGUGCCUUGGAAGGUGCAGUGUCCAUCACAGUGUGUCUGUCAGAUACGUCCUUGGUACACUCCAAGAUCAGCCUACAGAGAGGCCAAUACAGUGGACUGCAAUGACCUUUUUGUCCCAUCUGUCCCAGAUGCUCUACCAGCUGGAACGCAUACACUUCUUCUUCAGAGCAACAAUAUUGCACGUCUAGAACAAGAGGAAAUAGGUUACCUGGAAAACCUGACAGAACUGGAUUUGUCUCAAAACAGUUUCUCCCAUAUUAGAGACUUUAACGCCAGGCACUUACCGAACCUUGUAAGCCUCCACCUUGAAGAGAAUCAAUUAGAAAACUUGCCAGACCAUAGCUUUUCUGGACUUGAGAGCAUUGAAGAAUUGUACCUAAAUCACAAUCAGUUGAGCGACAUAUCUCCCCGAGCAUUUUAUGGUCUGCAGCAUUUACUUCGUCUUCAUCUGAACUCAAAUCUACUGACAAGACUGAACAACCAGUGGUUUAAAGAAAUGCCAUCCCUUGAGGUCUUGAUGGUUGGUGGCAAUAAGGUUAGCUCAAUCCUAGACAUGAACUUUAAAGCACUUUCCAAUUUACGGAGUCUUGUUCUGGCAGGAAUGGGGCUGAAGGAGGUAUCAGACUUUGCAUUAGAAGGAUUAUUUAACUUAGAAAGUCUUUCUUUAUACGAUAACAAAUUAAUCAGAGUACCCAAAGGUGCUCUGCAGAGGGUGCCGAGCCUGAAGUUUUUGGAUUUGAAUAAGAAUCCACUAAGUAGAAUCCAGCAGAAAGACUUUGAAAAUAUGGCUCAGUUGAAGGAACUUGGAUUAAACAGCAUGGAAGAGCUAGUAUCUAUUGAUGAACUGGCAUUAGUGAACCUGCCAGAACUGACCAAGUUAGAAGUCACUAACAAUCCUAAGCUUUCUUUUAUCCAUCCCAGAGCCUUCCAGAAACUUCCACGCAUGGAAACAUUAAUGCUAAAUAACAAUGCUCUAAGUUCUUUACACAGAGAAACUGUGGAGUCACUGCCAAACCUACAGGAAAUUGCUAUGCAUGGAAAUCCUCUGAGAUGUGACUGUGUUAUCCGCUGGGUGAAUGCCACAGCCUCACAUGUGCGCUUUAUGGAACCCCAAUCCACACUCUGUGCUGAACCACCAGAAUUAAGACGCACACAAUUGAGAUCGGUCCCUUUUCGUGAGAUGAGUGACCGGUGUCUUCCCCUUAUUCCAGUACCAAGCUUUUCACCUCGUGUCAGGGCAUCCAGUGGACAAAGCAUAACCUUGCACUGCAGAGCACUUGCUGAGCCAGAGCCACAAAUUUACUGGGUCACCCCAUCUGGAGAGAGGCUAGGAGUUUCUGCAAACUGGGGGGGUUACAAAGUACAACAGGAAGGGACACUAGAAAUACAGGUGGUGUCAUCUGCCCAUGCUGGGGUAUAUACCUGUGUAGCACAGAAUCUAGUAGGAGCAGAUUACAAAAGUGUUCACCUAAUGGUCAACCAAUUAUACCCAGCUAGAGAUGAUCCUGUCCAACUUCAUGUAGGAGAAGUGGGUGAGCGUCAUUUAUUGCUAUCUUGGGUCCCACCUCUUAAUGCACUUGGAUGUAGCCUGCGCUGGAGUUGUCUAACACCAGGUGCCAGUGUUGAACGUGCAAGGCUCCCUGUUGGCCUGAAUUCAUACAAUGUCACAAGACUACUUCCUGGAGAGGAAUGCAGGGUAUGCCUACGAGUCUCCAUUCUUGGGGGCAGAGUGAGAACGGCUUGUGCUAGUGCCAGGACUAGGGAGACUGGCACAGGUUACAAACAUAGAGGACAAAAAGCACUAACUGCACUAGCUUUCUGCUCAUUGCUGGUUGUGAUUGGGUUACUUGCCCGUUACCGUCCAGGUGGCAGGUCAGACCCUUCAUCACCAUGGUCUCUCUCUGGUAGAGUAAUUUACCCUCCAGUUAUACACCAAUGGAACCAGAACAAAAAAGAAGAGCAUUUGUCAGGCAUCAAUGUGCCAGCUACUCCUUUGUGCUAAGGAACUUUUGCCUAUGUUGUUUCAGAUAGACUUUGGAGAGUAGUGCCUUGGAAGGGAUCCAAAAGUGAGAGAAUGCCUUAAAGAACACAGGCAGACAGGCGAAGAGACAAAGUCAAUAUGUGGGCACAGAGAUGUUAGUAGAAACAAGUGCAGACUAAUACACAAGAACAUUUAUGUACCAGAAAAUCUGAAAACCCAGUGUACACUCACACAGAUGUGUAAAUGCACAAUUGAAGAAAGAGUCCCUAAACACCUGCAAAGAAUAAAAGAUGUAAAAAAAUACAGAAAACGUACGCAAACAUUUUACAAGCAUGGAAGGACACGCUCAGUAUCAGUCUUACAGCUAACACACAUAUUGCAUUUUUGUAAAGAGAACAGAAGCCUAACGUCAUGUUAAAUCACAAAAUGAUACAAAAGGUGUAUAGUUAUGUAAAUGCUACACAAUGCUGUGAAUCUAUUGCUGUGCAGUUACUUCCCCUCGAACUUGCAGCUCAUUACACUGGGUUAUCAUUUUGCUAAUUUUCUAUAGAUGGAGUACAGUCUCAGUAUAGCCCAUGCCAGAACUACAACUUAAAAAUUAUAUAAAAAAAUCUACAAAAAAAAAAAAAACAA